UUACGUUGAUGAUGGUCUCCUCCAUCCAAUGACUGUGAAGAUGAAGGAAUCGCAGUGUGAUCAAUGGAGGAAUUGGUUCUCGACAAGCCAUAGGAGCUCAUUGUCCUGGGGUGAUAAGCCAAAACUUUCCUCCCUUUCCCGUCAAAGAUGACAUCCAUGUCGUCUUCUUCAUCCGGAACCUUGCAUUUCUCCCCUAAUAUAAUGGUCUUCAUCCACACUGAAUCCUCGUUCCUCAUCUUCUCCCUCUUGAUCUUCCUCUCCUCUCGAUCCUGCUUCUUCGCCUCUGACACACUCCUCUUAAGAUUCAUGCUCAUCGCUUUCGUCAGAUUCUUCCUGGAAAUGGACGUUGUUGCUACGAAGUUGUUGCACGAAUAUGUCGCCCUCAGUUGCUUCGACGGCGGUAAAGGCAAUGCGCUCCCAUGGGAGCUCCCUUCUUCAUCUAAAUCUGUAGGUGACGCAGCUGAUCUUCCGGCCGAGCGCGACGGCGGUGACGACCCGGUCAAGGAUGGUGCGGUGGUUGCAGAUGAAGAGGACGCCCAGUUGGCUCUUUCUGGGCGGCGGCGAGUGUGAAGGAGACGGGAUCUAUCAGAGCGAACGGAAAAAUGCUUAGGGUCAAUUUUUAUUUAUUAUUUUUAUUGUUUAUUUACCCUUUUACCCUUAAUGAAUCCUAUUGUUAUUA